CGGGCCCUGAGAUGCCAUGGAAUUGCAGAGUAUUACCGAGGCUUGGUACCUAUCCUUUUCCGGAAUGGAUUCAGCAAUGUCCUUUUUUUUGGCCUUCGAGGGCCAAUUAAGGAGCAUCUGCCUACUGCCACUACGAAUGGUGCGCAUUUGGUCAAUGACUUUAUCUGUGGAGGUGUGCUGGGUGCCAUGCUGGGGUUCUUAAGCUUCCCGAUUAAUGUUGUGAAAGCCCGAAUACAAUCUCAGAUUGGUGGGCCAUUCCAGUCUCUUCCCAUGGUCUUCAAGACAAUCUGGGUAGAACGGGACAGGAAUCUGAUCAAUCUUUUCAGAGGCGCCCAUCUCAAUUACCAUCGCUCUCUCAUCUCCUGGGGAAUAAUCAAUGCAACUUAUGAGUUUUUGUUGAAGAUUGUAUGAUGAGGUCACCACAUGAAAUGUUAUUCUUGACCAACUAGACCUAAAGAGAAUGCAAUUUGGCUUUGCUCCUAAUUGGCUUAAAUAUAGGUUGGUGUCAUUAAGUCCAGGCUAUAAUAAAUUACAGACAAAACAUUGACAAAAACAAUAAAAGGUUUCAAUGGCAGAUGUCAGGGUUUUGGUUUGAUCAUUACUCAAGAGCUUUAGGCUGUUACUUGGUAACUAGCCGUGUAUCUGAUGACCUUUUCAGGGCAGCUGUCAGCCAAGAUAGAUUCCUUUUCCUCCCGGAAGCGGUUGCUAGGCCUUCUUACAGAGACAGUGGCAUCAGCAGCCAGAGCAUGUGUUCCUAUCCCAGGGCUUCUCAGGCUCACUUUGUCACCUCAUUUAUUGCUUAGAGACCCACCUCAUAGGAGGGUCACCUUCAUUAACCCCAAGCGUUGAUGGUGGACUGGAGGAGAGCAGACGGAAGUCAGUGUCUUAGCUAUAUAGUUCCAUGAUGAAUUGUUGGAGUUAGCUGUUGAGAUAGUUAUUAUCCAAACUCCUUUUAUUGAGCAGCUAAUGGAAGCUUCCAUUUCACUGUUCAGCUUUGAACAUUUUCUAUUUAAUUCUGAAUAUGACUUUAAAGCCUUCCAGAAUGUCCUUGUGCUUUUUUACUGAAUUCAUUGCCAAAAGAUAGGGUGACCUAGUUAGCUUCUGUCAUGGGCUUCAUCCUGUUAAGCUGUUCACUGCACUAUCUACUGUUUUUGCUUGGCUUCUUUGUGCUACUGGUGCCAGUGUAGCUGACCAGUCGGGGCAUUGUCCCUUGUGAGUAGUAACUGUCAUGUUCGUCAUCCUAUUCUCUGAUACUAGACUUAAAAAAAAAAAUAAACUCUUCCAUAAAGUCUUA